AUGGAGAACGUCUUCCGCUCAGACCGCCUCAUCUACCGUGCCAUCGAGGACACACCCGAAGAUGAAGAAUUCAUGCACACCAUCCAAGCCGACCCUGUGGCAUUCUCCAACUCAGAUAACGGUCUUCUCGCGCCCAUGACGAAGAAGGAGAGCGGUGCGUGGAAGAAAUCGGUGCAGACCAAUAAACUCAUCGGCGUAAUCAUCUGUCUGGCACCCCCACCUUCCAACCCCGCACUACCAGUCGACACAAAGCCCACGCCGCCAACGCCCAUAGGAUGUAUUUCGCUCACGGGGUUGAAGCCUGGGUAUUUCCAGCAUCGGAAUAGUUAUAUCAGUAUUGAUAUUAUUGCGCCGUAUCAGCGGAAGGGGUAUGGCAGUGAGGCUAUCAAGUGGAUCCUGGAUUGGGGGUUUAGGAUCGCGGGGUUGCAUCGGAUUGGGAUUGAGUGUUUCUCGUACAAUGCUGGCGCGAGAGAGCUGUAUGAGGGGAAGUUGGGCUUUGUGUUUGAGGGGAGGAAGAGGGAGUUGCUGUGGUAUAAUGGCGGAUGGCAUGAUCUGUUGUCAUUUUCGAUGUUGGAGGGCGAAUGGAAGAAGAUGGUCGCCAAGGAGAGCUAG